AUGUUGACGUGGCUACUACGUACCAUCCCGUUCGCCCACUCCGGACGCAGCAUAGACGGUGACGAGGAAUACGUAACUGGUGACCUUAGUGGGCAUGGAUGGAAUGGUGGAAGAGAAUGGCACAAGCGGAACUGGUCCCACGGAUCCGCUGGCCAGUGCAAGCUCUUCGGCUGCCGCGACUGCACCCCACGUCGUGGCUGUCACCAGUAUUGUGCAACUCACAUUGCCAACACAAGCGCCUUCUGCACAGGUUCAAUCGGGAAUGUUAUUCUUGUUAGUAAGCCAAAUUCUGUUAUACACACAACACAAGGAACAUUACAAACUCUACAGAUAAAACCAGAACCAACAGUGGUCAGUACACAAGGACAAUCAUGUAGUGAAGAUAGCUGUAGUGGCGAUGAUAGCCCAAAACGCAAGUAUCGGGAAAUGCUGACAAGACGUCCUUCUUACCGCAAAAUAUUAAAUGAUCUUGGAGGUGCUGAAAUUGCUGAAAAUCGCAUGGGAAAACCAGGAACCGAGAACGAAGUGUCGCUGUCAUCUUCUUUAUCAUUUGCACCAGUGAUCCCAGCUGGAGCUCUUCAAACAGAGAGUGGUUUGCAUACACUAGCGGUUUCCGGCACUGCUGGAGGCGGCGCAAUUGUGCAAUAUGCUACGAAUCAAGAUGACCAUUUCUAUGUGCCUGGACCUAUGCUUGAAGAUCAAACGCGUAAACGUGAGCUCCGUCUCCUGAAGAAUCGUGAAGCGGCAAGAGAGUGUCGUCGCAAGAAAAAAGAAUACAUUAAAUGUUUGGAGAACAGAGUAGCAGUGCUCGAGAAUCAAAACAAAGCACUUAUAGAAGAACUGAAAUCUUUAAAAGAAUUAUAUUGUCAGCAAAAGACAGAAUGA